GAGGAGGAGGAGGAGGAAGAAGAUGGCGAUGGGAAAGGAGGAGACGAGGAAGGAGGAGGAGGAGAAGGAGAAAGAGGAAGAAGAUCGCGAUGGAGACAGAGAAAGAAGAUGAUGAUGAGGAGGAGGAGGACAACGAUGAGGAGGAGGAAGAUGGCGAUGAGGAGGAGGAGGAGGAAGAUGGCGAUGGGGAGGAGAAGGAGGAAGAUGGCGAUGGGGAGGAGGAGGAGGAGGAAGAUGGCGAUGGGGAGGAGAAGGAGGAAGAUGGCGAUGGGGAGGAGGAGGAGGAGGAGGAGGAGGAAGAUCGCAAUGGGAGUAGGAGGAGGAGGGAGGAAGAAGAUGGCGAUUGCGUAGGACUGUAGAAGAAGGAGGAGGAGGACGAGGAAGAAGAUCGCAAUGGGAGGAGGAGGAAGAAGAUCGCGAUGGGAGGAGGAGGAGGGAGAAAGAAGAUAGCGAUGGAGUAGGAGGAGGAGGAGGAGGAGAAAGAUGGGCUGUGGGAGCAGGAGGAAGAAGAUCGACUGGAGGAGUAGGAGGAAGAGGAGGAGGAGGAGGAGGAAGAAGAUCGCAAUGGGAGUAGGAGGUGGGAGGAAGAAGAUGGUGAUUGCGUAGGACUGUAGGGGGAGGAGGAGGAGGAGGAAGAAGAUGAUGAUCGGCCAUUAGGUGUUUAUAACGUACCUUGACGGCGAUGUCGACGACAAUCGAUGGCGACGUCUACUGCGCACGAGACGCAACGGGCGA